CUCACACCGAUGCACAGGUGUCGUGAUUGGUGAUUGGUUCCCUUUCCCACUCCUUUUCUGUUGAAAGUUCACGUUGCUGCCGUCGUCGUGUGCUUAUUGCACCACAUUUCAACAAAAAAAUACCUCAUAACGAUGCCACCCAAAAAGAAGGGCAACAAAAAGAAUCAGGAUUGGGAUUCGGACGAAUCCGAACAGUCCAAACCGGCAGCUGCCACGGGUAAGGCUGGCAAGGCCAAGGGAAAAGCUGCCAACGUGGAUUCCGAUGAGGAAGAAAGACCAGUCAAGACGAAGGCGACUUCGGCUGCUCCCCAAAAAAAGACCAACAAGGGUAAGAAGGGAAAAGGCAAAAAUGACGACUGGAGUGACGACGAUGACGAUAAGGCGAUGCCGACCCGGAAGGGCAAGAUGCCAGUAAAAGGGAAAGCCGAUAGCGAUAGUGAAUCGGAGCGCGAGGCUAAACCGGCUCAGAAGAAAAAACAGCAACAACAGCAGCAGGGAAAGGGAAAGAAGGGUCGGAAGGAUGACGAUUGGUCAGAUCGAGAGGAAAAGGAAAUUAAACUGGACGUUUCGGAUGAAGAUGAGGUGCCAGUGAUGGUUAGCAGCAAAGCAGCUAAGAAAAAGGGUAAGGUUGGGAAGAAGGUUAGCAAGGUUUCCUCAUCUGAAGAAGAGGAGGAAGAUGUUGCAAGUGAAUCGGAAGCGGAGGUAGAACCAGUUCCGGUGCCUGCAGCGAAAGGAAAGAAUUCUAAACCAAAACCAGAGCCGGCUGCUGUUCCGAUUUCGGUUAAAAAGGAAGAAACUUUUGAAGAAAAAACCCCUGAAGUAAAAAUACCGGAAAAAUUACCUAAACCUGUAACGGAGGUCCAACCGAAGGCGGAUGAAGUUGAGCAGCCUGAUGAAGCAACGGAAUUGGCCGAUAAGGUCGAAGAAAUGGCAAUUGGCGAACAGGAGAAGAAGCUCACCCAUAAAGAGAAGAAGAAACUAAAAAAACUGGAGGAGUUCCAAAAACAGGUGGAAGCCAUGACACGAAAGGGCGGCCAGGGGCACUCCGAUUUGGACAGCAACUUUACCAUGUCGCAGGCGCAAAAAAGUGGAAACCAGGCCAAGCAUAUGGACCAUGCGGUGGAUAUUAAGAUCGAAAAUUUCACCAUUUCUGCCAAGGGAAACGAUUUGUUUGUCAAUGCAAAUUUGCUAAUCGCUAACGGACGCCGGUACGGUUUAGUUGGACCCAACGGGCAUGGCAAGACGACGCUGCUUCGACACAUUGCCAAUCGUGUCUUUGCGAUUCCGCCAAGCAUCGAUGUGUUGCUGUGCGAGCAGGAAGUCGUUGCCGACGAAACUUCCGCUGUUGAUACUGUGCUGAAAGCGGACGUAAAACGGAUUGCUUUGCUGGAAGAGUGUAAAAAGCUAGAGGAAGCAGUGGAAUCUGGUAAUUUGGAGCUGCAGGACAAAUUGCAGGAAGUUUACAACGAACUGAAGGCAAUCGGAGCUGAUUCUGCUGAACCGCGUGCGCGUCGUAUUUUGGCUGGUUUGGGUUUCUCUCGAUCGAUGCAAAAUCGGGCAACGAAAGAUUUUUCCGGUGGUUGGCGAAUGCGUGUAUCCCUGGCGAGAGCUCUGUUUCUGGAACCUACCCUGCUUCUGCUUGAUGAACCGACGAAUCACCUGGAUCUGAAUGCUGUCAUUUGGUUGGAUAACUAUCUGCAGGGCUGGAAAAAGACGCUGCUUAUUGUUUCUCACGACCAGAGCUUUUUGGACAAUGUUUGCAACGAAGUUAUUCAUCUGGACAACAAGAAGCUGUACUACUAUAAGGGUAACUAUUCGAUGUUCAAAAAAAUGCAUGUUCAGAAGCGCCGCGAGAUGAUCAAGGAGUACGAAAAGCAGGAGAAGCGAAUCAAGGAAAUGAAAGCGCAUGGGCAAUCGAAAAAAGCGGCCGAGAAGAAGCAGAAGGAGAAUCUCAGUCGUAAGCAGGAAAAGGGUGGCAAAGGGAAGGGCCAGAAAUCGGCCGCUGAUGAGGAAGAAGGACCAGUGGAACUGUUGGCCAAACCGAAAGAUUACAUCGUUAAGUUCAGCUUUCCUGAUCCACCCCCGCUGCAGCCUCCGAUUCUUGGAUUACACAAUGUCACUUUCAACUUCCCCGGGCAAAAGUCGCUGUUCGUUGGAGUGGAAUUCGGUAUCGACAUGAGUAGUCGGGUGGCCAUCGUCGGUCCCAAUGGAGUCGGCAAAUCUACUUUCCUAAAACUGCUGGUCGGUGAUCUGCAGCCCGUCGUUGGUGAGUCGAGGAAAAAUCAUCGUCUUCACAUCGGACGGUUUGACCAGCAUUCCGGCGAACAUUUGACAGCCGAAGAAAGUCCGGCCGAGUAUCUGCAACGUUUGUUCAAUCUGCCCUACGAAAAGUCACGCAAAGCACUGGGAACUUUCGGCCUAGCCAGCCACGCGCACACAAUUAAGAUGAAAGACCUCUCCGGUGGACAAAAGGCUAGGGUGGCCUUGGCUGAACUGUGUCUCAACGCACCGGAUGUUCUAAUUCUGGAUGAACCGACCAACAACCUUGACAUUGAAUCGAUCGAUGCCCUGGCGGAAGCGAUCAACGAAUAUAAGGGAGGUGUUGUAAUUGUGUCCCACGAUGAGCGGCUGAUCCGAGAGACCGAGUGUGCGUUGUACGUUAUCGAGGAUCAAACCAUCAAUGAAAUUGACGGAGAUUUCGAUGACUACCGGAAGGAAGUGUUGGACAGCCUGGGAGAGGUCAUCAACAAUCCUAGUAUAUCAGCUAACGCCGCAGUACAGCAGUAGCAAGGCAGAUUUGUUUCAGCUUGUUUUACUAGAUCUACUUUGUAUAUUAAAAAUAAAAUUUUACCCUAAACCUA